AUGUCACACACAGAACAAGGAAGAGAGGAAGAGGAGAGGAAAAGGAGAGGAAGAGGAGAGGAAGAGGAGUGGAAGAGGAGGGGAAGAGGAGUGGAAGAGGAGGGGAAGAGGAGGGGAAGAGGAGGGGAAGAGGAGGGGAAGAGGAGAGGAAGAGGAGAGGAAGAGGAGAGGAAGAGGAGAGGAAGAGGAGAGGAAGAGGAGGGGAAGAGGAGGGGAAGAGGAGAGGAAGAGGAGGGGAAGAGGAGAGGAAGAGGAGAGGAAGAGGAGGGGAGGGAACCCUAUCUCCUCGCGCCUCCUCUGCGCCUCCUCUCCCUCUGUCAGACCCUGUAUCCUGGCCCCUCCUCUGGGUGCCCUUCCCGAUAUAGACUGUUGCGCCUCCACUUCCUCUGCGCCUCCACUUCCUUUGCACCUCCUCUGCACCUCCUCUCCCUCUGUCAGACCCUGUAUCCUCGCGCCUCCUCUGCACCUCCUCUCCCUCUGUCAGACCCUGUAUCCUGGCGCCUCCUCUGCACCUCCUCUCCGUCUGUCAGACCCUGUAUCCUCGCCCCCUCCUCCUCUGCACCUCCUCUCCCUCUGUCAGACCCUGUAUCCUGCGCGCCUCCUCUGCACCUCCUCUCCCUCUGUCAGACCCUGUAUCCUGCGCCUCCUCUGCACCUCCUCUCCCUCUGUCAGACCCUGUAUCCUGGCGCCUCCUCUGCACCUCCUCUCCCUCUGUCAGACCCUGUAUCCUGGCGCCUCCUCUGCACCUCCUCUCCGUCUGUCAGACCCUGUAUCCUCGCGCCUCCUCUGCACCUCCUCUCCCUCUGUCAGACCCUGUAUCCUGGCGCCUCCUCUGCACCUCCUCUCCCUCUGUCAGACCCUGUAUCCUGGCGCCUCCUCUGCACCUCCUCUCCCUCUGUCAGACCCUGUAUCCUGGCGCCUCCUCUGCACCUCCUCUCCCUCUCUGUCAGACCCUGUAUCCUGGCGCCUCCUCUGCACCUCCUCUCCCUCUGUCAGACCCUGUAUCCUUGCGCCUCCUCUGCACCUCCUCUCCCUCUGUCAGACCCUGUAUCCUGGCGCCUCCUCUGCACCUCCUCUCCCUCUGUCAGACCCUGUAUCCUGGCGCCUCCUCUGCACCUCCUCUCCCUCUGUCAGACCCUGUAUCCUGGCGCCUCCUCUGGGUACCCUUCCCGAUACAGACGUUGCUGA